CAGCAAAGUAAUGCUGGGUUCCUGAGGAAGUAACAUCCACUUCUGGCCAGGCGACGCUGAUAAGACAAGCAACGCGCCAGCCUCGCCAACGCCCCCCUCAGACAGUCUUUGUCUUUUACGCACUGCACUUCUCCCACUGCAAGGUCCUCCUCUAUCCCUCCGAGUGUCCUUCUUGGUUUUCUGCCUCUUCUGUUCACAAGAAGUGCAUAUUGAUCCCACGGCAGGGAAACACCUUGUCUCAGGAUGGGCUUCGGACCCCGCGGCCUGCUGCUUUUCACCGGCCUUCUCCUCAUCUGGGAAGGUGUCAGAGGAGAACCAUCAUUCGUUAUAGAUUCUGUUGGCCUCACAAUUCAGCCUACAAACAACGUUCAGAGUGGAUCCACGGUGACGAUACGUUGCCAAGCACGUGUCAGUUUCAGCAACAUCAGUCAGAUUCACCACCUUUUCGAGAUUUUCCGAAAUGACGUCCAAAUCCACACGGCCAACACCACCAAAGACUCUCUCGACUACGUGAUCGACCCAGCCAGGGUGGCCGACACGGGACGGUACCACUGUCAGGUCUCAGUGAAGAACAAGCACAAGUCGAGCGCUCGCUGGAUGCUGGAUAUCACAGGCCUACAAACCCCCAUUCUGCAUGUGAAUAAUUCAACACCCUACGAGAGCGAGGAGUUCAAAGUCACCUGCAGCGCUCCAGAGGAGAAAGGAGGUCUUGCAUUCAACUUUUACCAAACAUUUAGGGCCGGACAGCCUGAGUGGAUCAAACAGCUACGAAGCACCAACAACUUCCUAGAGACCACACUGACACUGAGGCAUAUAGGGGACUGCGUUCUAUCCUGUGACUACGAGAUCAAUGUGGAUACGAGGUCUAUACGUUCCAACAGCAGCAAUGGGGUUCGAAUUAAAGUCAAAGCACUCGACAUCACCCCAGAAAUGACAAUAAUCCCCAAUGACAUCUAUGAACCAGAUAUUGUAGAAGUGAUCUGUAAGACACGGAGUCCUUUGGAGAACAUAGAAAUAUUUCUUAUAAAGGACCGAACUGUUCUCAAGAAAGUCUCUGGUAAAGCCCUUUCUCAUCGAUUUGAGUCUAAGGCAACGCUUUCUGGAGAGCUUGUGUGCAAGGCGGAGUGGAGAAACGUCCAAAGAGAUAACUAUAAAACCCUCAUAGUCAAAGAGGUAUUUUCAGAACCGCAGCUGACUUUGGAGCCUGGGGACCUGUUCGAAGGAGAAACUUUCACACUCAAGUGUUUAGUCAAGUUUUUUGUUCCCGGGAUGAUCGACCCCAGUAAGAUCAAAUACUUCUUCUACAAAGACGGCACCAGAUUGACCAGCACAGCCACAUAUGCUACUGUCGCACACCCUGAACAUAAUGGGAACUACUCCUGUAAAGCUGAAGGCAUUCGUCACUCAUCCGUUCUUUCCAAGGAGAGCCAAACCAUCCUGGUUAAAGCUAAAGUCCCUGUUUCAGAUCCAGUGUUGAGUGUGGACGGAGGCAAGAUGUUUUUAGGCAAGCCCUUUCGACUGAUCUGUCGCAGUCACAACGGCACGUUCCCCAUCAAGUACACCGUAUUCGGACCCAACGGGCUGACACUGAACAGGGAAGUGAGCAGAUCUGAGGAACAGGCCAUCUUUGACAUACCUCUGAUCUCCAAGACCUCAGAUCUAAAUAAAUUUAUUUGUCAUGCAAAAAAUAAUCCACGUUCCCCUCCAAAAAUAGCACUGGGGCAGCAAUUACUGACUUCAACCAUGAUUAUUGAGCCGGUCUCAAAACCAAAGCUGACCAUUCUUCCCGGCGUGGACAUCACCGAGGGACAAAAUAUAAACCUCGUCUGCUCCGUACAGACAGGAAGCCGUCCCAUCAACUUCACAUGGUACCACCAAGGGUCACCGGGUGCACUUGUUUCCAUGUCUUCUAACAAACUGAAAGAAUCCCACAUCAUACAACAUGCCAAUGGAAAACACAUCGGGAAAUACUACUGCACAAGCACAAACCCAGCCGACGAAAUAAAAAGCAGUGACGUUGUCACCAUAGGAGUGAAAAUGGCAGGGUGGAAGAAAGCGCUUAUCAUAGUCUUCUGCAUCCUAUUUCUCCUCACCCUGGCUCUUGUGAUUGCCUUGAAAACCAGACUCUUACGACUUAAGAGGAAAACAACGGCCAACUUAUCAGUGAAGUCAGUCAGCACCAAAACAGAGCGGCUGAGUCUCACACAGGCAGAGUUCGAUGUUGCAAACGCCACCCCAAGCAUGAUGGGAAAAAGUGUUUGGAGCGACCACGUAUCCGGCUCUGAGUCAGAUGACCAGAACAGCAGCAUCUUACCAGAAAAGACCGAACCUCCAUACACCGAGGUUCAAAUAAAAGAUGCGGAUCCAGCCAAAGAUGCAGAGAAGCAGGACACAGACACCGUCGACAGUGAAGUACGCAACUCCCAGCAAGGUGUCCCAGAGGUGGCCGAUGCUGUAAGUAGGAUCAUGUGUCCGCCCUGCACGCACAAACACAUGCAUGCAGCUUUUUUCCAACUCUGUGCACUAAUUUUCAGCUAUGUUUGAGAAUAUGAAAGAAAAUUAGGUUUUUAAACCAUGAUCUUUCAGGACCGAAAGCUGCGGUCCUCAUAAUUGUGCACCCUCCUGUCAAAAUUCCCAGUUUUUGCAAUGAUAAUGCAAAAACUGACUAAAUGAGACCAUUGUCCAAACUCUUCUUAUGUUUUAUGUGGCGAUCUAACCUUCAUAAAUCGACAGGUGUUAGAGGGAAAAUCUAAAUAAAAUAAAAAGCUGCAUUAGCCUGGUUGCAUAAGUAUCCAUGUUGAUACUUUAUUUAACCUUUUUUUGUGUCCAGUACUUUGUUUUUGUUUUUUUGGCAGCUAUUAGCUACCCACAGCUUGAUGUGGUCAAUAUCUGCCUGCUCUGCCUUGCCAAACUCUCCAAGUCUCCAAGAUAUUGAGGCCUUUUCUCAUUCCCAGCCCUCCA